AUGCCCUCCCCUCCGACAUACUCUGCCACGACCGUCUUCAGCCCCACCUCCGAAAUCGACAUCGCCGAAGCCGCCGCCGCUCUUCGCGACGGCCACCUGCUCGCCUUCCCCACCGAGACCGUGUACGGUCUGGGCGCCAACGCCCUCACGCCCUCCGCCGUCUCCGCCAUCUUCCGCGCGAAGGGCCGCCCAUCCGACAACCCGCUCAUCGUCCAUGUAUCCUCCCUCUCUGACUUGACCCGCUGGCCGCUGACGCCCCUUCCCCUGUCCCCCGCCGCUGCGCGCCUGGCGAAAGCCUUCUGGCCGGGUCCACUCACCCUCGUCCUUCCGUUGGCCGCGCGCUCGCCGCUGGCCGCCGCCGUCACGGCUGGCUUGCGAUCCGUCGCCUUGCGCGUCCCGAAGCAUCCUGUGGCUGCCGCCCUUCUCGCCAAGGCCGCCGUGCCUGUUGCAGCCCCGAGCGCAAACAGGUCGGGGAGGCCGAGCCCCACGUCUGCGGCCCACGUCAUUCGGGAUUUGGACGGCGCUGUGUUCGGCGUCGUUGACGCGGGCGAUUUAGCCUUGGAUGACGCCAACUGCGGCGUAGAGAGCACAGUCGUAGAUAUGACGGAUCCGCAUAACCCGUCUGUGCUUCGUCCUGGCGCUGUGUCUGUGAGGGAGCUUGAAAGGGUCAGCGGCGUGCCGUUCCGGGAAGUGGAGAGGGGGCAAGCUGUAGAGAGGCCAAAGGCCCCGGGGAUGAAGUACCGGCAUUAUGCGCCGGUUGCCCCGAUGACUAUAGUAGAGAGGACCAGAGUGAAGGAGCGACUUGAGGAGGAGAGGAGAAAAGGAAAGCUCGUCGGUGUGCUGGCGAAUGAUGCGGUGUGUGAGCAGUUGCGAGAGGUGUCGGGGGUGGUAACGGUUAAUUGCGGACGGGAGGGGGACGUGGCGAGUUUUGCAAGGGAAUUAUACGGCGCUCUAAGAGCGUUUGAUGGCGAGGGGAAGGGAAGGAUGGAGAAGGUUGCGAUUAUUCUUGCUGUGCCCCCGCCAGACACCGGAGAUGGCAUCGGCGCGGCCGUAAUGAACAGACUAGUCAAAGCUUCAGCAGGGAGCGUUGAAAGUAUCCCUGAGAGUCUCAAAUCGUCGCAUUGAGACGUGUACAGCUUACCACUGCUUUUGAUCAGAUCGGUCUUGUGCUGAUCCAGAGACGACAUUCCUUGCAUGCACAUGUGCAAUCGUGUUGAGUCGCGCAUCACGUUCAGAGUUUAACUUUACAAUAUUAUGUAUUACAAUUCCGGCUCACCACCAUAAUGUACAAAGAAAUCCACAAAAUAAAUUAACCAGCAUACAAUUCAUGACUCAUAAACAAAA